AUGAAUUAUUAAUUAUUAGACACACUUGAACUAGGAAACAAGCGGAAUUAAGCAAGACUGCUUGAAUAGAUUCAUGAAUUAACGACGCAAUAAAAAAAGAAACUCUUAAUCAAUAUACUUAAAUGUUCAUUAUAAGAGAGAAAAUAAGAGAUUCUUCAAAUGAUGAGAAUACUUCUGGAGAAUGUUGACAUCUUCUAAUAAUUUCAGACUGACCAAAAUGAUCUUGAAGCUUAUGACUAUUGUUUACGUCAUAUUCAAUAUGACACUUUUGAUAAAAAUGCUGUGAUAUACGAAAUAGGAGAAUACUCAAAUAAUGUAUAUAUGGUAAUAUCAGGCUAAGUCUCUCUGUAUAUAUAUGACGAUAUAUUCAACACAACUAGAAAAAGGUAGUAGUCUUUCAGUGUGGGUAGUGAUAAUAAAACUCAGCAGAAAGAAAGGUUGAAAUACUCUGAUCACAUCAUCUAAAGUUUGGUUCGUUUGAGUGAAAUUAAGGAAUGGAAAAUCUUUGGAGAAUAACUAGAGAAGAAAAGAAUGAACAUAGCUAUUUGUGACAUGGAGAGUUAAGUAGGAUUCCUCAGUAAAGAGACAUUUUAAACUGCGAUAUCAAUUAUGUAAAGAAAGUAGGAGUAGACAAGAAUGAAGAGCUUUACAUUAAGUCCUAGUUUUUAGGGAUUAAAUUAAAGAUUACUAAAUUUGAUGUUGUUUUCAUUCUCAACUUAGGAUUAUAAAUUUAGAGAUGUUGUCUACAAAAAGGGUUAAUUGGAUUCUGAUGUUAUUUACAUAAUCAAAUAAGGAGAGUUUGUUGUGUAUCAAUAAAAAUAGAAUGUGAGAAAAUAAUUGGCAAUCAUGACGGAAGGUGAGUUUUUUGGUGAUUAUGAGGCUUUCGAAAAGGUACCUCGUUAAUUCAAUAUCUCAUGUCAUUCUCACCAUGGUAGUUUAAUUGUCAUACCUAUGUAAAUCUUAAAUUAAAAAUUGUCACAAUAUAAUGAGCAAUCUUAUCUAUAGUAAUUAAAGAAGUUAUGUAUCAAGAAAAAUAAAUGGUACAAAUCAUUUCAAAACAAUAUUGAAUAGACUUAAGGAAUCUAUUAAAGAUAUUUAACUGUAUAAGAUUUAAAAAAUGGAAUAACUUAAAAUUCAGCCUAAAAAAUUGAACCCAUUUAAAAUUGUCCUGAAAUUCAAUAAUAAAUUAGUCCAAUAAGAGAAUUAAAAAAUACAUUGAGUUAUUUAACAUCAAUUGAAGAAUCUUAAGUGAGUAAUAAUAAUAAUAAUAGUAAUAAUAAUAAUAAUAAUAAUAAUAAUAAUAAUAAUAAUAAUAAUAAUAAUAGUAAUAAUAAUAAUAAUAAUAGUAAUAGUAAUAAUAAAAAUAAAAACAUACAUAAUAGCAAUCAUCCUAAAUUAUUAACUGAUAAUGAAAAUAACUAAAAAUAAAAAGCAAAAAGUAAAAACCCUGUUUAUAUUGCAUCUCCUGAUAAAUUACAACCCCUACCAAAAAUAUAAUUAGUUUCUAAUAAACAAUAAAAUAGAAGUGAAUUAUCAACACCUGAUAGAUUCAAUAAAGUUAUUCAAAAUAAAAUUAGUGUUUUGAAAAGAAUAAACAACUUAUCUCCACAAGAAAACAUUAAUUUAAAUACUCUUCAUUAAAAAACCUAUUAUGUUUAAUUGCCAAAGUAAAUAAAGUUAGAAUAACAUCUUGAUAAAGAAUGGCCAAUAAAAGCAACCUUGUACUUAAAUGAUUUAGACGACAGAUUUCGUUUUUAGAAUAAUUAAUCAAGUCAAAAUAACAAUAGCAACAGCAAUCGUAAUUGCAAUUAAUUACCAGAAUAAUUAAGUUCUAGGAAUGAUAAUAGUGAAUAAAAUUCAUAAAGGAAUUCUAGAAUCGAUAUUUUGAAUAACAUUCUAUAGUAUAAAACUCCAAGAUAAUAAAAUAAUAAAAAAAGGAGAGCAUUAACCCUUAAAUAUCGAGAAUAUAUAGAAUCUUAAUUCCAACCUAGAACCGAACGAUCUUUAUUAUAUUGUUGA